GUUAGUGGAAAAAAAACGGUAAGCGUUAAGCACUUAGCAAUACAAAGUUCAAGGAUCGAGUGUUAGUUUUAAUUUUUUUAGCGUUUCAACAAAACAAUUGAACAUUAUCAAAUAUGCGCCGUGUUUCUUUUUAAUUUAGAUCUGUAUUUAUGAUCCUCUAUAGUUUAAUUUUCUUUGUACGAAUAAAUAAAAAUGUAUUUAAUAUUUUUUUCCGCAAAUGAAACAGACCUAUGUAUAAUCACAAGCCCUACACAGCAAUAAUCUCAUCUCAUUACUCAAUUCUAAUUACAAUAAUUAUUGUAUUGAUUCACUAACAACAAACUGGCUUAAACCUAAGAGAUUAUUUGUAAAUCAGAAUUUUAAAUAAUUGAUAUAAGUAUACACAAUGGUGUUUGAUAACCUCUAUCUUAAUAAGGACCAUCUUGAUGGGUUUGACAAUUAUAAAUAUAAUGCAAUUGAUACAAAUCCUUUGGGUACAUACAUUAUGCAUCCAUUUUGGAACGCAUUAAUUAAAGUUACUCCAAGAUGGAUUGCACCAAACUUACUAACAUUUGUUGGUUUUCUGUUUACUGUUGGAGCUUCACUUCUCCUUGCUUAUUAUGACUAUGGUUUUUAUGUGUCUGGAAUAAAUUAUAAAGGUGAUCCAAUACCAAGAUGGGUUUUUGGCGUUGUGUCUUUAUUUAUUUUCAUUUCAUACUCUCUUGAUGGUCUUGAUGGUAAACAGGCUAGACGUACAGGCACAAGUGGUCCACUAGGUGAACUGUUUGACCACGGUUUGGAUUCCUGGACAACUGUUUUUAUUCCAACUGCACUUUAUUCAAUAUUUGGACGUGAUGAUCCGAAUACUAUUCAACCAAUAAGGAUGUAUUACAUUUGUAUAAUGGUUUUCAUUAAUUUUUAUCUUGCUCAUUGGGAAAAGUAUAAUACUGGAGUAUUAUAUUUGCCAUGGAGUUAUGACUUUUCAAUGGUUGGAUUAGUGUUCUUCUUCGGACUUACUGCUAUUUUUGGUCCAGAAAAAUGGAAAAUGUCAUUGAUAAAUAAUUAUUCCUUUGGACAUGUCACGGAAAUAACAUUUUACUUUACCACUUUCAUUACAAAUAUUCCAGUCUCAAUUUAUAAUAUUUAUAUAAGUUACAGGGAUAAAACAGGCAAAAAUUUAAGUAUCCUAGAAGGUAGUCGACCAUUAGUCCCUUUAACUGUAUUUGUGUCUUUAUGCUUAAUAUGGGUAAAAAUGUCACCAACAAAUAUUCUUGAAAGGGAUCCAAGAAUAUUUUUUAUGAUGAGUGGAGCAAUAUUUUCAAAUAUUUGUUGUCGUUUGAUUGUGGCUCAAAUGAGCAAGACCCGAUGUGAAGCACAUAACAAUUUGUUGUCGUUUAUGAUUGUAGCUAUAUUAUUUAGUGUGUUUUUACCUCCCAUUGAGUUAAUUUGUAUGUACAUUAUGGCAUUGAUAAGCAUUGUGACACACAUAUACUAUGGAGGCUGUGUUGUGAAACAAAUGGCUGAUCAUUUUAAAAUCAAGUGUUUCAAAAUACCAUAUAAGAAACAUUAAAUAUAAUAUAUUAUGAAAAUAAUACUUAUUUAUUAUAUAUUAAUUUUUAUUAAUUACUUAAAUCAACAUUAAUAUUCAUGAAAUAGUUGUUACUAACUGUUAUUAGUUUUUAAAAUCUCAUUACGGAUUUGCCAUUCAGAUGAAGUACUAUUAUUUUUUUAUAUUUUUAGAAUUGUUUUAUAAAUGUUUUGUACACAAGUUAUUAAUAUUAAUAACACUUGUUGAAAAUUGGUGUUGUACAUUAUAUCUUACUAGUUGUACUAAUUCAAUUUUUUUUUCUAUAUCAUAGCUUUAAAGUGUAUAAACUAAUUUACCUUUGAAUUAAAUUAAUUCGGGGUAUUGAACAGUAAAUACUACUCAAUAAGAUAUUGGCAGUUAUCUAAUUACCUUUUUAUUGUUAUAUUAUUCUACUUUAAACGUUUAAUAUUAAAUAACCUUAAUGGGUACUUAUUUUUUUUAAAUGGGUUGUAUUCUAUAAUUAGGUAUAGCAUUUAUGUAAUAAUAAUUACAAAUAAAUUAAGGUUAUUAAGGUAUCCAUA